AAUGAAAAACUAAGUUCAAAAAAAAAAGCUAUUUGUUGGACGAACUCUGAAGUUCCAAUUUUAGCACAUAUCAAUAAUAUUCAGAAUACCAUUUGCUGCCAAGUCCCAAGAAACCUUGACAAUCCUGAAAUUCUUGCUUUGAAUACUAAGGCCUGGAAAAAAAAAGACCUCAAUCAAAAGACAACGAAUAAGACAAUAGAAGAAAAGAAAUCUGAACCAAAAUUUAUUUUAAAAAAAAAUAAAUCAGAUAAAUUAGAUUAUGAUAGUGCUAUUAAACAAGUUAAAGAUAUAUUAUCUACUUCUCCUCAAAUAUUAUCGUCCCCAAGAAUGAAAUCAGCACCUGAAUCAUAUAAAACUUAA